UGCUAAAAUGUUGUUUGUCCACGUACCAUGAGUCACCCAUAAAUUGUUUUGAAAAAAAAUUAUAGGAACUCUUGGUGAAUGAAAUUUUAUUUGAUCGAAUAAGAAUAUUUUGGAAUCAAGGGGCUUCGAAAAUCAUGGAGAUUCCGCCUGAAACGGACAAUUACAUUCGAGAAUCUAUCGAGCACUCCCUAGGUCUCCCCGUUUCUAAAGAAACUCUUCAAUCGAAGCUUGAAGCCUCCCAACAAUCAGAAUUCCUGCUUCGCAAUCAGUGCCUUUUCUUGCAGUCCAAACUCAAAGAAAAAGAUGGCGUCCUUGAACGGGCUAGGGCUGAGGCGAGUAUGAAUGCAGUAGCGCUGAAGAAGUUUGUGGAGGAGAAUCAGAAACUGGCUCUGGAGUGCUCGAAUCUGCUGGAGCAGUCCAAUAGAUGGCAGAGGGAGUGCUCAUUGUAUGAUGAGGACCGGGAAGCAUUGAUGGAUUUCGGGAACGAGGCGGAACAGAGAGCCAAGGAGGCUGAGCUACGUGUGCAGGAGUUAGAGGCCGAGGUUGAGAAGUUGGAGGAGGAAUUGCGGUUUUACAAGUUUGAGGCACAACAGGUUGAUACAUCUGGAGAAGAGGCUUGUACAGGAAAGGUUUUAAUGGAGUCUUUGCUGGGAAGCAUAAUGAGCCAAGAAGAAGUUCAAUUAAAAGCACGUGCUUUUCUAGAGGCAAACAGCAAUAUUGAUGUUUGUCAAAAGUUGCUAAAAGGGUGGAAAAGGUUGAGUCCAUCAGCACACAAUGCUCUUGCACUGGCAGCUGAAGUCAAAACAUUGCAGACAGAUAACGCGCAGUUACUGAUUAACCUUCAGAGGGCCGAAGAGGAGGUGAAAGUGUUUUUUGAAGAAAACAAUCUGUUGGACGAAGAGAACAAGAGGCUAAUGCAACAUUUUCAGAGGGAGAAGCAUAAUUCUGGUUCUGGUGGGAAAAGUUCAGGCUGUGCUUCUGCAAAGGGGAACAAGAGAAAAUCAGGUUCCAAGAUCAGUACUUCCUUGGACAGAAAGAUUGACUUCAAUGGAGUCGAUUCUUCAAGGCUGCCAUUAUCACCCCUAAGGGAGAACUCACCUGAGUGUCGAGCAUACAAGAAGUAGCUAGAGCCCGGUGAACAUCGUCCUCUACCAUUCUCCUAACUGGUAUGUGUAUCAUCACUUAGGGUUUCUGCCAAUCAACUGUAAGUAAUUGAUGUUAGUUCCAAAACUCUUCCUUUUCAUCUAUAGGAAGCUGCCAGGUUCACUUCAUUUUCAAUUUUGUUCGAUGGUUGAACAGUGUGCCAUUUUUAACUCAUCCUUGCAUUAUUUCCUAGUUGUUUUACUCUCUGUGUCUUUUCAUGUUUGAUUGCUCUAACUUGUGCCCUU